AUGGCCAUGCCGUCCGAAGGUUCGCUCCCGAGCGGGUGCGCAGUUUUUGCCACGGUUCCCGAAGCCUUCUUCCUCCCGGAGUUUGUGUUUGGGGGGCUGGUGUGGAUCCUGGUGGCCUCCACGCGGGUGGUCCCGGAUAACCCGCUGGGCUGGGUGAUGUUCGUGUCCGUUUUCUGCUUCUUCUUCACCACCCUGCUGCUACUGCUCUCACUCUGUGGAGCCAACCAGAGCAGCGUGUGUGGAAAGCUGGAUGUGGCCUACCACGCCCUCGCGGCCUUCUUCUACCUCAGCGCCUCUGUGGCGCUGGCUAGCGUCACCAUCGCGCUACAGAGCGAUCCCGCCAACUUUAAGUCCUACCAGGAAGAUAUCGCUGCCGUGGUCAUGUCGUAUGUGGCGACGCUGUUCUACGCGCUGCACGCCGUUUUCUCUGCGAUACGAUGGAAGCGUUCCUGA